AUGGAUCAAGCCGAAGAAUACCUCAACAUCUACCGCACUCGCAUGGUCCCACACUUUCCCUUCAUCCCUAUCCACGUGAAUGUGACGGCGCGGGAGCUCCACUCCCAGAAGAGAUUUCUUUUCUGGUGCAUCAUGCAGGCUCUCAUUCCUCAGGAAGCCCCUGUCCAGAAGGCGGUAGAUGACUGGAUCAGGCACCAUGCAGCAGUACAUAUCAUCGUGAACAGGGAGAGGAAGCUUGAGCUGCUGCAGGGCCUGUUGAUCUACAUUGCCUGCUACGCUUGGGGAGACGUCCAUAUUCACUUGGGCAUGAGUGCCAACGGCCUUCUGCAACUUGCCAUCGGCAUGGUCUCAGACAUGAGCGUCAACACUCUUGCUGGACCACUAGCCUGGAUGCCCAAGACCAUGUUAUCGGAUGCAUGGGCUGUUAUCAGCAAAGGAAAACAUUUCGAAACCCCAAAACAGACUCUCGAAGAGCAGAGAGCGGUCUUGGGAGGCUAUUUCAUUGCAUCUAGAACUAUCCGCGAAGCAGGGGAGUUCGCAACAGACUCGAGCUUAAUUGCAUUCGUCCGCAUGCAACACAUAACCGAUCGUCUGAGAUCUUUGUUUCCAAUUUACGACAGAGAUGAGGACACGCAUGCCCCAUUCUUCAAGGAGCACUACAGCGCAAUAUUCUCGUCCGUACGAAAGGAGAUGGAGGACCUUCAGAAAGAGGAGCCUGGUAUAAACAAAGAUAAUCCGCUUGUUUGGUGUCACUACGUGACCCUCGCAGUCAGACUUUACGAGCCUGCACUGGGUAUGCGACCAAUGAGCCCAGCAGAUACAGCGUCGCCGACCGAGCCAUACAGCCGAACUGAAGCCCUCUGGAAAUGCCUCGAAUGUGUUCAGGCCGCCAUGGACGCUUUAAUGUCCAUACCCGCAGAGAUGUACGCAUACCUGCCCUUCACUCUUGUCUCCAGCACCGCCUUCGUUAUGAUGGCAGCAAAUCGGCUUCUGUUGGAAGACGGUAGCCCUGACUGGGACGUUACCAUUGCACGACAAAAGAUUCCACACGCGGAAAACGCACAACGAAUGGCGGACAGAUUCGAAGAGGCGGAUAACGUUGCCCUUGUUGUCGGCCAGAAGAGGCGUCUUUUUGAAGACCAGACGUCUAGAUGGGCCAACUACGCUUACCGUGCACGAUGGAUGAAGAAUUGGUAUUUGAGCAAAGUGUCUCCUCCGCAGCGGGAGCCGUCUGCUGAGCAACCGCCGAACACUGCGGAGGGUUCAACGAACGACCCGAGCAUGUCUUGGGUGGAUGAUGUCACCAUGGACAAGAUGUUUUGGGGACAAAUGAUUGUGGAUGGGUUCGGUCAGAUGCCCUAUGAGUUUCAGUUCGGUAACGAUUCGAUGCAGACCUUGCAAGGCAUCAUGUGGCAGGAUGGGAUGAGCACGACUGAGACGAUGGCCAUAGCGAACAUGAUACCCCAGUAG